AUGCCAUCGUGCUUCUUGUUUGAACCACUGGACCGAACUCUUUACUCAGGAGCAUCGAUCGAUCCCAUCACUCCCGACUGGGGUAGCCUCCCCUACAACAUUGAAAAGUAUGCCGUCGAAAGUGAUCAGGAUGAAGAGAUGAGUGAUGAUGAUGAUGAAGAGGAUGACGCCAAAGCCAUUGAACAAGACAUGGAUGAAGACGACAAAUUGAUCUACUACCUCAAACUGGCUAAGUGGACUGAACGCGCUAUCCAUGAGAAGUUCGUAGCUGAAGGUCACACCAACUACAAUGUCAAACCAUUGGAACGCGCUUUGCUCGCAUGCGUCGUUUUGUCAUGGCGGAAAAUCACAAGCGUCUCAAGGAAGGCACUGCUGUUUGGCUCGAGGAUGAGUCGCCUUGCAACCGAGCAGAUCGAAAAGGGACGCUUGGACCUCGAACAGCGUAAAUGGAAACUGGUACCCGAGUGCAUCCAGAAACGCGAAUCCUUAGCCAUGUACCCUGCCGAGGCAUGUUGUGAACGUUCCGAGGCCAUGACUUCUGGCGGGGGUAGUCACGGCUCUCAAAACUCCCCUGACCCGAAAGUCGCCAGAUUGCGCCAUGAGCGUCUGCAGCAGGUUGAAUUGCUGGAGCGUUUCAAGCGUAACGAGAAUUUGUGAAUGAAAAUCACACCGGAGGGCCACCAUGGUUUGAUAGCGAGUAUAUCAAACCCGAUUUGCUUUUGACUCAUUUGAUGCAUGAAACGGAUAGUUAUUAAUUUUUCUUUAGA